ACGAAAUUCUUAAUAUUUAUUUGUGCUACUUUCCUUCAGCACUUACGCAAAUUGCAUUAAUUUUCACCCACUGUUUAAGAAGUGCAAGUCAAUCGAGACAUGCCUGCGACGGGCGAAAGCUUGAAGGACAUAGCCGUGCGCAUGAACAGAGAGGCAGGGGAGAUACACCGUCAAUCAGCUGGUGGUCAGUGUAAAGAGAGUACGCUAAUACUGUUAGGGAGCAAAGACGUCGGAAAGUCUUCGCUCGUACAUAGGUUUUUGGACAGGGAUGAGCCGGCGAAACAGACGCUGGCACUGGAGUACACGUUUGGCAGGAAGGCCGGAAGGAGCCUGGUGAAAGACGUGUGCCACAUUUGGGAACUGGGCGGCGGGACAAUGUAUCCAUCACUGCUGGCAACCCCUCUAGCAGCAGCUGGGCGCAAUUUGUCACAAGUCACAGUCGUGCUCAUGCUGGACUUGUCUGCUUUGAACCAGUUGUGGUUCACCAUGGAAACACUACUGCAAAGUAUUCUUACUAUUUUGAGGGCACACUGCAGCCAAGACCAGAUGAACUCCCUACAGGAGCUAGCAUGGGCCCGCAUAGGUUACGAUAACCCAGACAAAGAUUUAAUGGAUCCUUUCCCUUGCUCUUUGGUGAUCCUUGGUGGCAAGUACGAUGUUUUUCAGGACUUUGAUUCUGAGAAAAAAAAGAUAGUCUGUCGCUGUCUGCGAUAUGUUGCCCAUACUUUAGGUGCAUCAUUGCAGUUUUACAGUGUUAAAGAUGCAGGCUUGGUGAAAAAAGCAAAAGAUCUUUUAAGUCAUCACGGGUUUGGAUCUGCAGCAGUUAAAAGCAUAUCUCAGGAUCACAACAAACCCUUGCUCAUUCCUGCUGGAUCGGACUCCAUGGAGCGUAUUGGUGGGGUAGGAACUUCUCAAAUCAUUUCCAUUAAUAAAGGGCCUGGUGCUGCUCUUGAUAGGUGGAAACAUAUAUUCACAAAGCAUUUUCCACAAGAAGUAACUGAGAAGUCCGUUAUUCCUGACGAUCCAGCUCACGACAUCAAUUUCAAGGAGGCUAUUAUUGAUUCACUGAGAGCUCAAAGAGAUGACGAACUUGAUAGGUUCCGCAGAGAAGCGGAAAGUCGACAUAAAUACUUAUCUCAUCUUGAGCUGGAUUACUGAGCACAAUAUAAUCAGGGUGUCUACUGACCCUGGAAAACCUGGAAAUAU